AUGCUUUCCGCCUUCACAGCUCGACCUAUCGUGGAGCUCCGUCAACGAGACAAAUCGAAGAUCGAGUCUAUACUUGCAUUUGGCGAUCGGUUAUUAGUAGGUCUGAAUACGGGUAGUUUACGCAUAUAUCAAGUCAACGAGACGCCAGGCGAUGUCGGUUUACUUCGAGAGGUCGAGAAGUUCUCUACCCGUGCAAUAGAGCAACUAGCGCGAAUAAAAGAGGCCAACGUCUUGAUAUCUCUAUCGAAUUACUAUGUCUCGAUACACGACCUACAGACGUACACUCUGCAGGAGCAAUUGGCGAGAACUAAGAAUGCUUCCACUUUCGCCGUUACAUCAAACAUCGUGAAGGAUCCAGGUACGGGGAUACCAGAGAUUAUAUCUAGGCUUGCGGUAGCGGUCAAACGAAGGUUGUUGCUAUGGUCAUGGCAUCAAUCCGAGCUAUCGUCCGAGACAACAGAGAUUACGCUUGCAGAAUCUAUUCGAACUUUGACGUGGGCAUCUGCUACCAAGAUAAUCUGCGGCAUGAACUCUGGUUAUGUCAUUGUUGAUGUCAUUGCACAGGAAGUUGAAGAUAUUGUUGGGCCAGGAGCUAUUGGAGGUACGGCCAGCAACCAAGGCGGUAGAUUUGGCGGCAUGGGCUCUGCGAGCAUGGGUUACAUGGGCCUUGGAGGAUAUAUACCCAAACCACUGGCAACGAAGCUUGCGGAUGGAGAAAUGCUUCUUGCAAAGGAUAUAAAUUCUCUUUUCAUAACGUCGGAAGGGAAGCCAAUGGAAAAGAGACAAAUUCCCUGGCAGCCAGCGCCUGACGCUAUUGGAUAUUCAUAUCCAUAUAUCAUUACUCUCCAAGCACCGUCUAAAGGAAUCCUCGAGGUCAGGAAUCCAGAUACGCUAUCUCUUUUGCAAUCGAUAUCGUUACCGAAUGCAAAUCAAUUACAUUUUCCCCCUCCGAACAUCAGUCUGGCACACGCUGGUAAGGGCUUCCAUGUUGCUAGUGAGCGAUGUAUUUGGCGGAUGGGCGCGACGGAUUAUGAUUCACAGAUUGAUGAACUCGUUGCCAAAGGACGCUAUGAUGAGUCACUUAGUAUCCUUAAUAUGCUCGAAGAUGCUUUACUAAAUAACAAGACUGAACGCGUACGACAAGUGGAAUCUCUCAAAGCAAAACUCUACUUUGAUCAACAAAUUGAGCUGGCCCAGUCUCUUUUUAAUCAGCGCAGGUACCGUGCUGCGAUCGACAUAUUUAUCGCUAUAGAAGCCCCCCCGGAACGUGUGAUUAAGUUAUACCCGAAAGCUAUAGCCGGUGAUCUAUCAAUCGUUCAAGAGAAGAAUGGGGAUGUUGACACAGAUAAUGACGACACUAAUGGCAGUACAAACAGUGAUUCGGAUUCUAAGGAGUCUCCAAAGCCAGCUGCCGUGAAGAAUUUAAUCAGAAACCAUCAGAAAUCUAGCUCGGAUACAUCGUCAAUCAAGUCUUUUAUGAAAGCUGACAAUUUGGAUAAUGACAACGCGAGUAUAAAAGCAGCUCCCGCCGAGGAUGGCCCACUCGAGGGCAAAGACCUGAUUACAGCAGCUAAGGAGUUAAACGCAUUCCUUGUGAAUGCACGAACGAGAAUGAAGAAGCUCCUCGACUCUGAGACUGGCAAAAUCAUUCCGAAAGAAAAUGGUCACGAGAGAACACCCGAGCCUGCAUUCGAGUCUCUCCUGGUUCCUCCCGAGUCCGAAGCUGAGGCCGAGAAAGAUCGGGAGCAAAAAUUGUUGGAAACAGCGAAAUUGGUAGAUACUACUCUUUUCCGUUCCUAUAUGCUAUCUAUGCCGGGUCUGGCGGGACCACUGUUUCGAUUGCCGAAUUUUUGUGAUCCAGAUGUGGUUAAUGAGAAGUUGUUAGAGACUGGAAGAUACAAUGAUCUUGUCGACUUCUUCCAUGGCAAGAAGCUGCAUCGUCCUGCACUGGAGCUUCUCAAGAAGUUUGGUAUGGGAGAAGAGGAGAACGAAGAAGCUCCAACAUUGCAUGGACCUCAAAGAACCAUUGGCUAUCUUCAACACUUACCUCCUGAAAUGAUUGAUCUGAUUCUUGAAUUCGCCGAAUGGCCUCUACGAGCCGAUCCUGAUCUUGGCAUGGAAAUAUUUCUAGCUGAUACAGAGAAUGCGGAGACAUUGCCGAGGGAGAGAGUCCUCAAUUACCUGCACGAUAUCGACAUCAAUCUCGAGAUCAAGUAUUUAGAACAUGUGAUCAAUGAGCUUAAUGAUAUGACUCCUGAUUUCCACAAUCGACUUGCUGGCGCAUAUAUGCAAGAACUGAAGCAACGGCAAGACAGAGAUUCCGAGGAUUGGAAGGACUUGAUGGAACGAAUGGUAUCAUUCUUGCGGUCGAGUAAACAAUAUUCUUGUGGGAAGGCUUUUGGGUUGAUAGACAGAGAAGGCAAGCUUUUCUUUUUCCAAAGAUUGAACGCAACAUCAUUAACAUCUACCAUAGAUCCGCAUUUUUACGAAGCCCAAGCUAUUGUAUUAAGUAACAUAGGUUCACACAAACAGGCACUUGAGAUAUAUGUGUUCAAAAUCAAGGACUUUGAGAAGGCAGAGGAAUAUUGCAAUCGGGUCCAUAUGAACCAGGAAGCUUCAACUUCAUCGCCAAUUCCAACCCAUCGCUUAUCCACAUCCGAACCGGAUGACCCUCUACCUUCCAUAUACCACACCCUUCUUUCCCUUUAUCUUAAGCCAGUACCUCCAUAUGAACCGAACUGGCCACCAGCUUUGGAGCUUCUAUCAAGACAUGGAUCACGUCUACCCGCAUCCUCAACUCUUGAUCUUAUUCCGGAGACACUUCCUGUGGCAGAACUCGAAUCAUAUUUCCGUGGUCGUAUACGUGCCGCGAAUUCGAUCGUCAGUGAAUCUCGGGUUGUGACAGGGUUGCGAAAGAGUGAAGUUGUGCGUGCGCAAGCAACAUUAUUGCUAGGAGAUGGUUUGCCGAGUGGUCAAGGGGGGAGAAAUAGGAGGGUUGUCGUAAGUGAUGAGAGGGUAUGUGGUGUUUGUCAUAAGAGAUUGGGAGGUAGUGUUAUCGCUGUUUUGCCGGAUAGUUCUGUUGUACAUUAUGGGUGUUUGAGUCGAGCAAAUGUGCAACGUCCGCCCUCGUCGCGGGGUUCAUGGGGAGGACGAUGA